AUGUCAGAAUUGCUUGAUAUAACGCAGUUACUGAACGACUAUCUUGAUUGCUGCCAUCGACACUCGGGUAGAGUGCCGUGGGAUUUGCUCCGUUCUGUCGAAACCAAGUGUUUUCAACGUCAAUGUUUGGUACAAAAUAGCUAUGUUCCUGUCAUAUUCAGCCUACUCCCGAACAAGACUACUGACACUUACAUACUUGCUUUACAUAAGGUCGCAAAAUAUCUAACAGUUGGCACGGUUUUCGUUGAUUUUGAAACAGCUAUCCAUAGUGCCAUAACUUCACAGCUACAGCAAGUUACAGUUAGAGGUUGCAGAUUCCAUUUAUGUCAGUCAUGGUGGAGAAAAAUUCAACAGUUUGGUCUCUCAAAUGAAUUUAAAGAUAAUGCUUCAGAAAUCGGACAACUUCUUAAACUAUUUUUUGGACUGCCCUUAUUAUCACCUGAAGAUGUCGAAGACUGUUUUUAUAAUGAUUUGAUGGCCAUAAAACCCUACUGCCCAAAAUUGGAUCAGUUCUUCGACUACGUUCAUGAUACAUACAUAAUGUCAGACAGUAUCUUUCCACCGAAAAUUUGGGCUAGAUUUGACAAAAAUAUUGAUAGGACUACAAAUUGUUGCGAAUCGUUCCAUUCAAAGCUGAAUAAAGAAUUUACAACUGCCCAUCCUAAUAUAUUUUAUUUUAUGGAGACUUUAAACAGUAUUCAGACAUUAAAUUAUAUUAAAUUUCGAAGUAAUAAUACUAGGAAACUUACUAGCAAACAAGAAAAAAAUAACAAAUUCUUGGAAAAUUGUAUGACUGAGUACACAAAUGAGAAGCUUACGCGAAUUAAAUACUUAAAGAAAGUUUGCUUCAAAUUUGCAAAUCAACGAUUUUAA